ACGACGGCCUCACUCUAUCAUUUGCGGCCGCCAUCGAUGGAGGCCACGAACGUUCUCGUGUGCCAAUUCAACCGUUGCAUGGAGCCUGCUCUCCACGACGACAAGUGCCAGUUUCACCGCAUGCGCUCCAUGUGCAUGAUCGACAUGUGCACCAACCAAGUGUACGCUCGAAAACGAUGUGUCAAGCACGGCGGCAAGCGGCAGUGCCAAGCUCAUGGCUGUCAAGGCAAUGCGAGGAGCCAUGGCUUUUGCUGCAAACACGGCCCGAAACCACUCAAACGGCAGUGUCUCGUCGAAGGUUGCGUGAAGUUUGCCCAUGCCCGUCGGUUUUGCGUCCAGCAUGGUCGACGCGCCCGCCAGUGCAGCGUGGAGCUGUGCUCGGCACACGAUCGCAAUGAUGGUUCGAAUCCUCACAACACUCUUCACACACGAAACAUGAAAAAUAAAAUGGGGGGCAGCAAGUGGAGCCACGGGAAUAUCGGUGGACAGCCAGCCGCGCAACAGUCGUUUGACUCGAUUUUGUCGUUCGUCGACGAGUGGGCCCUGUUGGGCGAAUAUUCCAUGCACGACGAAGCAUUCGAUCGGGGUGGUUGGACACCUCCACAACCGACGACGCAGGGUUGUUAAUUCCGCAUUGGGGCAAGCUCUUUCUUUGCACCACCACAUAGCGAGUGUGUCAGCGUAAAUCGGUCCCAGCCGCCGAUCGAACACGAUUUUGGGAUCACGUUUAACGACCGAGUGAUUCCACGAAAUGGCCACCUCUCCGUC